AGCUUGGACUACACGACCAACAAACACCAUGUGCCACAACGUGUGUUGCUCUAGCGGAUGCUGCUCUGUUGUGAAGAGCAAAACAGUGUGCUGCAGCCCCUGCCAGAAGACAGUCUGCUGUGAUCCCUGCCAGAAGACAGUCUGCUGCGAGAAGACUGUCUGCUGUGACCCGUGCCAGAAGACUGUCUGCUGUGAGAAGACUGUCUGCUGUGACCCAUGUCAGAAGCCAUGCUGUGACCCAUGCCAGACUUGCUGUGACCCAUGCCAGACUUGCUGUGACCCAUGUCAGAAGCCCUGCUGUGACCCGUGCCAGCAGUCUGUCUGCUGUGACCCAUGCCAGAAGCCAUGCUGUGACCCGUGCCAGACUUGCUGUGACCCAUGCCAGAAGCCUUGCUGUGACCCGUGCCAGACUAAGCCCUGCUGUGACCCAUGCCAGACUUGCUGCGACCCGUGCCAGAAGACUGUCUGCUGUGACCCGUGCCAGAAGACUGUCUGCUGUGACCCAUGCCAGAAGCCAUGCUGUGACCCGUGCCAGACUUGCUGUGACCCAUGCCAGCAGUCCGUCUGCUGUGACCCGUGCCAGAAGACUGUCUGCUGUGACCCUUGCCAGAAGACUGUCUGCUGUGACCCGUGUCAGAAGACUGUCUGCUGUGACCCAUGCCAGAAGCCAUGCUGUGACCCGUGCCAGACUUGCUGUGACCCAUGCCAGAAGCCCUGCUGCAGUUGCUGUGGCCAGCAGUGCCUGCAGACUUGCUGCCGUCCCUGCUGCUGCUCUGGCCGUGUGUCCUGCUGCUCCUACGUGGUGAAGAAGAAGCCCGUUGUGGUGUGCUGCAGCCCUGUGCAGUACUGCUCCCCGCUGAGAAAGUGCUGUGUGCCCGUCAAGCAGUGCUGCACCACCGUCAAGAAGUGCUGCUGAGCCUGCUCCGUGUAGGAGAACCGGCUCUGCCCACACCCAUCUCCAGUGUGCAACAAGAACAGGCACAAGGGGAUGGAGACCUGACCCUUUCUUCUGUUUCACACGAUGAUGGAGUACAUGCCUAGUGAUUUCCCUCUGGUUUCCAAAAUUAAGCUGUCGUCUUCCUUCUUUCACGCUGUCUUUUAAUUAUCAAAGAUCUGCAAUGCACUUGAAUAAGUCACCCAUUGUACAAGGCAAGGAGAUCUUGCAUAUUUGUUCUCUUCUUGGUGUAUGGGACGUGGGAAACAUUUGCUGUUAGUGUAAUCAUUCUGUAUUUUCUCUCUUGACUUGUA